AUGCGUGCGCGGCAAGAACCUUCAGCUGUUGUAUACGAGACUUACGACUUCCGAGAGGUCUCUAAAACGACUAUCUCAGACCUCUCUCAACACCAUCGGGCGGCGGUGGAAAACGCUUUACAGAAUAUCCUCAAUACGGAGCGAGCUUUUGAAACAUUUGCCCAAGUUGUCGAUGGUCUUCCAACUAGGAGCACAGCUGAGCAGUAUCACGACUACGGACGUUCAUCCAUGUAUUUGAACGGCUUAACAAAUGAGCCAAGCACAGAAGCCAAACAGAUCGUUCAAACUUACAGAGAGACUCUCGACCCGUAUAUUCUUGAGUUCAAUGUACCUGUGAUACAAGCGUACCAGAACGCGGACUUUGGUUCUCGAGACUUCAACAUCCGCCUUUUGGAGUUGCUUGCAGUUGCAUGUCAUCAAUUAGCUGCGUUGAUUUUCCAGAGUGCGGAUGGCGGCUUAAAGAAGUACCCGUACGGCCACAAUUACGAAGCCCCUGCUUCACAGCCCACGGAGCCUGCUGUAGACUUGAGUUUUCUUGGACCCAUCAAACCACAGGCGCCUGAUGACCACGACGAUGAUGCCUCCGAACCGGAUUUGUUUCCUUUUAUCGCGAACGAGUAUGUCGAUAGACCUCCAACGGAGCUUUACCACGGAUACUACCAGGAUCAUGACCAGUAUCCACGAGGCGUUGCUGAUAUCGUUGGCUACUGGGCAGAAACACGCCUCUUCGGAGGUGUAAUCUUGUUUGACCGCGGUGCUUCUGAAUCUGAGGCUAUUGACGUCUUUUUCCACCCCGAUUACUUCCAGGGUGUUGGCAACAUUUACCAGGUGUCAGAUACACAACUUCAAAAUCUUAUGGCUUUCGCACUCGAGCAUGAGCCUACUAGUGAAAGCCCACGUUUCAGCCAUGAAUGGGGGCUGCGCAAGUUCAAAAGUUGGACUUCAAUGCAAGCCAACGUGUUCAGGGACCGCUAUGAAAGGAAAAUCCCCGUUGAUGCAAACCACGGCUGCGUGCUCAGGCUAGAUGACGAGGACACCGCAAUAUACCUCGAAAACUUCAGGAGAGGCACGGCCAAUGCACACUCUGAUUGA